GUACCGUACAGGUCACAAGUAAGUAAACGAGUCUGCAUGCAAAUCACUCGUACCAGCGAGCGGAUGCGUGGGCCGGCAAACAAACCGGUACUAGACAAGCGACAAGUUCUUUAAAUGGGCAGAUACUAAGUGGCUAGGGAGUAUGUACGAAAGCGGCGUGGCGGGCGCACGGACAAUCAAUGAUUUGACGCGGGCAAGCAACGGGCGGAUGCGCAUGACAUGUUCACAGAUGGCCGGGGGAUGUUGUGCGCGUGUGCGGGCAAGUAGGUCGAUGGUGAGGGUACAGAGGCGUGUGACGCAGGUGUGUAGAACACCGCCGCAACGCGUCACAGAGGUGAGAGGGGUGCCCGCCACCAAAGGGUGUGGAUGUGUCGAGGGUGAGACAGUGUGCGUUCUUGUCCUGUCUAACUCCCCCCUUAGCCUCCUUUGGCAUCUUCCCUGCGCAAUUUGCACGGCCUGCCUCGCGCUCGUGGCGCGAACGUGGCCGGGCUUGGCCAUAUUCGCGGGAUGUGACGACACAAGUGGGCUGGCCGUAGUGCGCUGCGCGGGCGGGGAUCCUUUACUCGCGGGUCGCAUCGCUGGUAGCCCAUCUGGAUUCUGGAUGAGUCUUCACGUUGGGCGCGCCGGCGAUCUUCAAUGUUUGACGCGUCAGCAGGGGCCGGGGAGCUGUGAGAUGCACGGGAACAGGGUUGGAACAGGGCGAUAUCUUGCGGUCAACUCGAAGGCUGCAAGGCCGCGCGGCUUGGCGCGUGUCUGGCAGUGGCCAUCCGGGCGCGGAGAAUGUCGAGAUCAACGCGAGAAUCGAGCGCGCUCGACAUGCUCGGAGCCUCGGGCACGGGCUUCCGGGCGGCCUCGACUGGGGCGGACUGGGGCGCACACGCGACAUAAGGUGAUACGGAAAAGGAGGCCCAGGGCGAGUGGUGCCGGUGGAUGCGCGACGGCAGGCAAGAGACGAUGUGCAAUGGGGAGGGGACAGUGGAAUGCCAGUCGCUGAG